GAAUAUUUGUACCCGUAAAAAUAAUAAUGGUUCGAAUAACAGUGGAUAUGGUUCGCGGGAAGGCAGAACACCAUGACCGGCUCCUGGCGCCGCUGGAGGAGAUCGCCCUUCACCAGGAGAACAUAGAAAAGAUAGAGUACAUCCAGGACUGGUGCCCCAAGCUCAAGAUCCUGCUCAUGCAGAACAACCUCAUAGCCAAGAUAGAAAACUUGAACAAACUCAAACACCUCAACUACCUCAACUUAGCUCUCAAUAACAUAGAAAUUAUAGAAAAUCUGGAGAGAUGCGAAUCAUUGGAAAAACUUGACUUAACACUCAACUUUAUCGGUGAAAUAGUCAGCGUUGAAAGCCUUACAGGUUUGUAUAAUCUUCAAAUCUUAUAUCUUACCGGAAACCCCUGCACUGACUAUGAUAACUAUCGGGACUUCGUAAUCGGAACUCUACCCCAGCUGAGCUACCUUGACGGAGUUGAAAUAGAACGGUCAGAUCGCAUUAAAGCUCUGCAAAAUCUACCUGUUAUUAGACAAGAUAUAUUGUUUGAACAAAACGAGUACAGACACCGGCGUAGAAAGCAAAAAGCUCGACUAGAACACGAAAUAAAAGACAAAUGGGAAAAUGAGUACAAAGAUAUGGAGCCAGAAGAGAGAAAUAAGAAAUUUUACGCAGAAAAAUGUGAGCAUUCCCCUGAGGUCCGCUAUGAGAUGGAGCAUAUGCGGCAACUGAAACUGAAAAGUUAUGAACCUGAAAAGAAACAGGAAGAAAAAAGGCAGUACAAAUUCUUUGCUCGCGAUGGAAGGCCAUUCAACAUAAAUCAAGCUAAAAUACCGUUCAUAUUCUCCGAUUCUGACCCUGAAAAAUAUGUGUUAGAUCUAGCUGUGUACAAACACUUAGACACCAGUUUAAUUGAUGUGGAUGUCCAGCCAAAUUAUGUUCGGGCUACGAUUAAAGGAAAGUUAUUUCAGCUCCAUCUACUGGAGGAGGUGAGCACUACUAACUCAACGGCACAACGCUCGCAGAUAACCGGCCACCUCGUCGUGACUAUGCCACGAUUAAAUGUUGACAUAAAAGCACAGAUGGCGCAGAAAAAGGAAGUUACAAAAAAGGCUCAACUGUACACGGAACAUCACGUAACCGACUGCCGCGAGAGUGCAGGUCAGUCGAAGAGAGAAUUUCUAGAAAUAGGCCCCUCUGAUAAGGUUCUCGAUCUAUCUAAAAUGACUUUACAAAAGAAAGCGCCAGAUUAUAUCGAUCCGAGACUAAAACGGAAGUUAAAAGAACCUUCACUAGAUUUUAUCGAUAAUCCAGAGGUUCCUGAUCUUAUCUAAUUUAGUCUAAUGAUGUAAUUUCGUUUCUGUAUUGUUAAGUUAUUU